AUGGCGUCCACCGACCUAACAUCGAAGAUAGCUCCGUUUCUGGAUCGCCAUUUGGUGUUCCCGCUGCUGGAGUUCCUUCAGGACCGUCAGAUCUACCCCGAGGAGGAGAUUUUGACGGCUAAGAUCGAGCUGCUGGGGCGCACGAACAUGGUGGACUACGCCAUGGACAUCCACAAGUCGCUGCACCACUCCGAGGAGGUUCCGCCCGCCAUGGUGGAGCGGCGCGGCGAGGUGGUCAGCCGCCUCAAGACGCUCGAGGAGGCGGCGGCGCCGCUUGUCGCGUUCCUGCAGAACCCUGCGACGGUGCAGGAGCUGCGCUCCGAUAAAGCGUACAACCUGCUCAUGCUUCAGGAGAAAUACCAGAUCGGCGCGGAGGGCGUGGAGGCGCUGUAUUGGUACGCCAAGUUCCAGUUCGAGUGCGGCAACUACAGCGGCGCCGCGGACUUCCUCUACCAGUACCGCCUGCUCUGCUCGUCCCCGCAGCGCGCGCUCUCCGCGUCGUGGGGCAAGCUGGCCGCGGAGCUGCUCAUGCAGAACUGGGACGCCGCGGGGGAGGAGCUCGCGCGGGUGAAGGAGAUGAUUGAUUCUCAGACCUUCGCGUCCCCGUUAGCGGUGCUGCAGGAGCGCACGUGGCUGCUGCACUGGGCGCUCUUCGCCAUGCUGCACUCGGAGAACGGCCGCUCCAACCUCGUCGACCUCUUUCUCCAGGACAAGUAUCUGAGCGCCAUUCAGACGAACGCGCAGCACCUGCUGCGCUAUCUGGUGGCGGCCGUGCUCACAUGCAAGCGCAGGCGCAGCGCAGUGAAGGAGGUGGCGCGGGUGGUGGAGGCGGAGAGGCAUGCGUACAGCGACCCGCUCACGCAAUUCCUGCUCGCGCUGGUCGUGGACCUUGAUUUCGAUGAGGCUCAGAGCCGGCUGAAGGAGUGCGAAGAGCUACUGUCGAAUGAUUUCUUUCUGGGGAAGCGGGUGGCGGAGGGGGGGUAUGUGGCGGUGCCGCUGAGGGACGAGGUGAUUGACAGUGCGCGCCUGCUCAUGUUCGAAAACUACUGCAGCAUCCACCGCCGUAUUGACAUCAAGGUGGUGGCGGAGAAGCUGAGCAUGGCAACGGACGCAGCGGAGAGGUGGAUGGCGAAUCUGAUCCGCACUGCCAAGCUGGAUGCUACCAUCGACUCGGAGGCCGGCACGCUCGUCAUGGCCACUGCUCAACCCAACGUGUACGAGAACCUAAUAGAGCGAUCGAGAGGCCUCACCUCUCGCACCUAUGCCCUCGCCUCCAACGUCGCAGCUAUCGCCCUGCAGCAGUAG